AUGAAUGAUGCUGCCACAAUGAGUGACAUGUCUACAGUAGAUGAUGAACUGCUGGCUUCAACGACUAUGGAUCUCAAUGGGGACUCCACCUAUUCGGUGCCCAUGGGAGCUGAGCAAAAAACUGUAUUUGCAUUUGUGAUUUUCUUAUUGGUUUUCCUGAUAAUUCUGGUGGUCCGGUGUUUUCGAAUAUUGCUGGACCCCUACAGCAGGAUGCCUGCUUCAUCAUGGUCUGAUGGCAAAGACGGGCUGGAAAGGGGACAGUUCGACUAUGCCUUGGUGUGA